CGCGACAUUACUCUCGCCCUCAAGGGCAGAGUUUACAACGCAGCCGUCCGUUCAACUCUCCUAUAUGGCUGUGAAACCUGGCCCAUCAGGUCGACAGACAUGAAGAGACUCGUCACGUUCGAUCAUCGCUGCCUUCGCAGCUUAGCUCAUGUCUGGUGGGAACACCGCGUGAGCAAUGAGCGUGUUCGACGUCGCGUAUUUGGUGCAGGAAGAGCGAGUGAACCGCUCAGCACGAUUAUAUCACGCACCAGGCUCCGAUGGCUGGGCCACGUCUUGCGCAUGCCAGCACACCGACUCCCACGACGUGCAUUGUUUGCGCGUUGUGGGUGCGGUUGGAAGAGGAGGAGGGGAGGCCAAGUGAUGACUUGGUCGCGAGAAAUGAAAACCCUCACUUCGAAGUUGGCGUCGGUUGGUGCAUCCCGACUGCCUGGCUGGGGUCCUAAGGACGGUGAACACGUUUGGCUGGACACACUUGCUGAUAUGGCUAGGAGCCGGCCCCAAUGGCGUUUGUGUUGUGAGUUCCUUUGUCCAUCCCCCUCCUGUUUAGCAUCCCCCUCCAAUCACGAUCUCAAUCGUUAGGCAUAAUAUGACUUUCUUUUACGGCAGCCAGCUGUUAGCUCUCCGGAACGAUGUCCAUCCGUUACUGGGGACUCAGCGGGCGUGCCACUGUUUGUUUGUUUGUUUUUUCUUUUCUUGCCUUUUGUAUUGCGG